GUUGCUUUCAAAUUCUUCACAGUGGUUUGAAGUGCAACUUUUUUUCCUGGUCGGAUAGACAGCAUACCUCGAUUUUUUGGCUUUUACAUCAAAUAAGUUUCCGAGUAUUGGAAAAUUCCCCUUACUAUUAUCAUCCACCUUUGCUUCCCUUCCGCUUUUCAAGCUUGUUGUUGCAACGCCAUUCACUGCAUUGAACUGCCAUGACCACUAUAACGCCAUCCGUAUGCCGACAAGAUGAGAUCAAAUCCAGAUCCUACAGCGAUUUUGACAGUCGGUAUGAACGGUUGCACAGAAUCGGGAAAGGGAAUUUUGGAAAGGUGUAUGUAGCAAGGGAUCGCAAGCAUCAGAAGCAGGUGGCCAUCAAAAUCGUAGACAAGAGAAAGUUUACCAAUAAGGAUCAAGCACAACAUGCAUAUAAUGAAAAGUCAAUAUCGGAAAUGCUGACGACCUGUUAUAAGCAUAAGAAUAUCGUCAAUGUAUACGACGUUUGCACAGACGGAGAUCGCAUAUGUAUCGUUAUGGAGCAUGUUCGUGGUGGAGAGUUAUUUGACAAGAUCAGAGAACACGGGCGUCUGAGCGAAGCCACGGCGCGGCGCUGGUUUCGAGAGAUCAUAGAAGCUAUUCAUUAUAUUCACAAGCAUGGUAUUGUACACCGGGAUCUCAAGCCAGAGAAUGUGUUGAUUGAUGUGACGACCGGUAGUAUACGAUUGUGUGAUUUUGGGUUCGCCAAAUUUUUCCAACAACACGAUAUUCUGGAUACUUACUGUGGAAGCCCGUUUUAUGCAUCACCGGAAAUGGUCUCCUCUACACCGUAUAAGGGACCUCCCGCAGACAUGUGGAGCUGUGGGGUGAUAUUAUAUGCCAUGCUAACGGGGCAGCUGCCAUUCCACUCGGAAAAUAUGCCCUGUUUGUUUGAGAAAAUCAGAUCCGGUCGGUACGCUGAACCGCGUGUAUCGAGUGAAGCGUCCAAUUUGAUCCACCAUUUAUUAUGCAAGAACCCAGCCAAGCGAAUCACAGCCGAAGCUUGUCUAAAACAUCCAUGGCUGCAGCACAAGGGAAAAGAGAAUCCUGUCUCUGGAAAACACACGCGAUCCAGCCAACGAAAACCCAAUGAAGUUCACCCUGUAUCUACACCUAUUCUCCCCAAUCACAACAUCAUGUCACCCACGAAAUCAUCCCAUUCAUUUUGGCAUAUUUUCCAUGCCAAAAAAGCCCAAAUCUAUCCUACAUUAGCCACCGAGAAGCCCCCUUCCAAAAGAAGCAAUGCUCAAUUCUCGGAUCGUUUCAAACGAUUCAUCAAAAAUGCUUUUCAUAAGCGCAUCGGAACCAACAAUCCAUCACCCCAGUUGUACUCAUGAACAAAUAAAUGUAAACAUAAUGACAAUAAAAAACGG